CUGGUAACAAGUGGCUGCGUGCGCGCUGGUGAGAGUGGAGAUGCCAGUGCGCACUGUGUGUGGUGUGAUGAGGAUGCUGAAACCUACCAGGAUUUUCCAUGGACAUACAACUACGUGUGAUGUUGCCGCAUUCAGCGCAUUCUCGUCGAUAAGAAUGAAACGCAAAUGAUGAGCGCCAUGGUGGAGUCGGAACCUGUUGUUUGGAACUUUACGCUCAAAUCAGACAACAGCACGUGCGCUAACGAGACAGUAGCAGGAUAUCCAGCAGAUGAGUAUUAUAAUAUUGUUCACGUCACAGAAACCAAAAUUCUUCCUGCAUUUAUUGGAUUUUUGUGCUCCACCGGGCUUGUUGGAAAUAUUCUUGUUUUGGUGACUAUUUUAAGGUCCGCAAAAAAGACAGUGCCAGAUGUGUACAUGGGGAACCUGGCUGUGGCCGACCUGGUCCACGUGACUGUCAUGCCAUUCCUGAUUCACCAGUGGGCACGUGGAGGACAGUGGGUGUUCGGCAGUACCCUUUGCACCAUUAUCACCUCUCUUGAUAACUGCAACCAGGUGGCAUGCGCUGCAGUCAUGACCGCUAUGAGUUUGGACAGAUACCUGGCCCUUGUUCAUCCAUUUCGUCUGUUGAGUCUCAGAACCAGAUCAAGGACUAUCCGUAUUAACCUGUUUGUGUGGGCGGCCUCCUUCAUCAUGGUUCUGCCGGCCUGGGUUCAUGCUAAAGUGAUCCGCUUCAGGGACGGUCUUGAGAGCUGUACCCUUAACCUGGUCUCUCCCAAAGAAUUGCUCUGGUAUACACUCUACCAGACUGUGACCUCCUUCUUCCUGCCAUUACCUCUGAUUCUCAUCUGCUAUAUACUGAUCCUUUGCUACUCCUGGAGAAUGUAUCGCAAGAACAAAAAGGCUCACAGGUAUAACACCAGCCUGCCUCGGGAACGUGUGGUCCGUCUCACUAAAAUGGUGCUGGUUCUGGUAGCGGUUUUCCUGGUCAGUGUUGGGCCAUACCACGUGUUGCAGCUAGUUAACUUAAGUGUACCACGCCCCUCAUUAGCAUACCACACCUGCUACUACCUGUCUGUGUGCUUAAGCUACGCCGCCAGCAGCAUAAACCCCUUUAUCUACAUUCUGCUGAGUGGACACUUCCGCCACAGGCUGGUCUGUCGGGAUGCACCCAGCAUGCCAAGUGUGGAACGGGAAAUCCAGGCCCCCCGCUCCAGUUUUUAAACUGAAUUCACACUGAAACACACAUUUACGCUGUAAAUGGAUGAAUCAAUCUUAGGCAAAGUACACUUGUUUUGGAGAAAGAUUCUUGUUUCUUGUUUUCAAUUCUUGUUGUUGGGAGUGAUUUUAUACAGGAGGCAUGAGAUGUUUUACAUCUGCUUGAAUGCAUGUCUUGCACUUUUUGGAGUAGGCCUGUGUUGUAAAUGUUGUGCUGUUAUUUAUUGUUUAAUGUGUUUUUUGGCUCCCUCUACUGCUAAGUUUAUGUAAUUCACUCUACAUGCUAUCUAUCUAUCUAUCUAUCUAUCUAUCUAUCUAUCUAUCUAUCUAUCUAUCUAUCUAUCUAUCUAUGUAAUUAUCUCUGUAAUUAUGCCUAUAAACCUUCAAACAUUUCUCUAAGAUUUUAAACAAGGCUUUAUUUUGCCAACAUUCAAAGUUAGUUUUUUUUUUUUUCAAACUUCACUUUUCUACCUAAAAUUACAUUAAAAUGUAUUAAGUCUUAAAAUUUCAAUCCUUUUUUAAAAAUUCUAUUUCCCUUAAUUUCACUUGAAUUGGAAUUAUGCCAUUCCAAUUGAGAAACUGAAACUAUAUUCUCAGUUGAAAAUGCAUGUUCGUUUCAAUUCUGAAUGACAAACAACCCUGCCUCCAAUUGAAAUUGAAUUAAUGUAUUUGAGGACAUUUGUCAGUUUCAGACCGCAUUAAUUUGUGGUCUGCAGUAUUCAUCAUCUGAGAAAAUAAAAUAUGAUAAUAAUU